AAAGGCCGCCAAAAGCCCGGAGAGAUUUUCCCGCCUCAACUCGUACUACUGCGCAUGCUCGCUACGGCUUUUAUUUUUUUCUGUUGUCGCCAAUGGAGGAACCUGGCCGACGUUUCAGGAAGAGAACGGAGGCUGAAGGAAAGCCACCCGGAGCUGUAUGGCACUGGAGGAGCGGGUUAUAAAUAUUUUAAAUCAAAAAAUAAAGAGACUUGAGAGUAGUCCGCUGCCUUUCGUGUCAUGGGUGGCUCCGCGUUGUUACGGCAACUGGCGAACGUCUUUUGCGCGUGCGCAGUACAAGCGGAGCUAUUAUGUGAGUGUGUGCUUAUGGACGCUAUUGGAGGAACCGUUAAAAUCGCUGCUUUUUCUGUUCCGUUUUUAGGUUUUAAAUUGUUUUCACAAUUAUAGUGAUUUUUUCAGCCGCUGUGGUCAUUUCGACGAAGACAAAUAUGGUAAGAAUAAAUCCAAGGACAAUCGGUCCGCAAGUCGCGUUUUGCGCCUGCGCAGAAUGCAUCAUUCACCAGCCCGGAUUGCUGCCUCUGCGCGGGAUCAUCAAUGCCUCUUAUUUUUCGCGUUCUCCUCGGUGCAACUGAGCAUGCGCAAAAGCAUUGGAGCAUGCUCAGUACGGUCAAAGGAAGUUGUUUUGUGCCCACAACCCCUAUAUGGAUGCCACACCAGCGAUAGUGGCCAACCAAUGAGUGCGAGGGAGAGAGGGGCACACGAGCCAAACAUAGACUGAAUUGCUAGACUCGCACUGUUUGGCUUGCUAUGCGAUCUGGAAGUGGUAUCGAUUAUCCUCGGAGAAAACGUGCCUUCUAAUCCAAGAUAUUAAUUCACCCUUAAUCGGGCAGCAGCAGCAGCAACAACAUGUGUUCCUUUUCCUUCCCCAACAAAAGGUUCUGGUAAAAUGGAUGCAGAGCAUUUGAACAGAUUCUGUGGUGGUGCUUCUGCUCUCGUGACUGAGCCACAGUUCGCUCAACGACUGAGGGAAUAUUUGCAGAGAGAGGGGAUUCUGGACAGCCGUUACCGCAUGCAGAAGCUUCCAGAAGGGACGGUGGCAUUGCCCGUGCUAGGCCAAAGUCUUACGGAGCAGCACCUGCAGCAGCUGAAAGAGAACAUCACGUCUGGGAGGACCUGCGCUCUGACAUGGAUGCAGAAUCCCAUUCCCUCAAAAGCAGCCCAGGUCCAGUUCCCCAUCCAGAAACUGCGUGAUGAGCUGCGCUGCCUGGUACUGACCUGUGGAGCGGCCUGGUCGGAAGAACUGGAGAGCGAUCUGCCGCGCUCCUGGCAGCGGCACGGAGACCUGGUGUUGCUGAGUGAGGAGAGCUUCAGAGCGGCACUGUGGGGAGAGAUGGGACCCAAGCUCUGGGAGCUGGUUGCAGGUGCUCUGGGGGCCCAGCGCUUAGCAAGACGUGGACGUAUCCUGUCGGACUCCUUUCGGUCCCCCACCGUGACCCUGUUGCUGGGGCAGGACGGCUGGGUUGAACACGUGGACAAUGGAAUCCGGUACACAUUUGAUGUGACGCGGUGCAUGCUGUCUCCUGGAAACAUCACGGAGAAGCUACGGAUCGCGUCCCUGCAAUGUAGCGGGGAAGUGGUGGUGGAUCUUUAUGCUGGGAUUGGCUAUUUCACGCUGCCGUUCCUGGUCCAUGCCGGCGCUGCCUUUGUCCACGCCUGCGAGUGGAAUCCUCAUGCUGUGGAAGCCCUGCAGAAGAACGUGCAGCGGAAUGGCCUGCAGCAUCGGUGCCACGUUCACCCGGGAGACAAUCGGAAGCUGGAACUGCGAGAUGUGGCUGACAGGGUGAAUCUGGGCCUGAUCCCUACGUCAGAGGAAGGCUGGCCCGUUGCCUGUCAGGUCUUGCGGAAGGACAUCGGAGGGAUCCUCCACAUCCACCAGAAUGUGGAGUCCUUUCCCGCGAAGGCACUUCAGCUGCUCCAUGAGUCAAAGCAGGACCAACAGCAACGGUGGCGGCUUCCAGCUCAGGUGCUCUCUAACGGGCAAGAGGACCCAGUGCUUGGUGGGGACCACGAAAGCCUACAGAGUGCUGGAGGACAGUCCCGGACUCUUGCAGCCAGAUGUGAGUGGCAGAGGUGGGCAGAGGCCACAGGGGCCCGAAUCAGGACUUUGCUCCAGGAGCUGGACAGGAAGCCGUGGAGGACAAGCAUCCUGCACAUUGAACAUGUGAAAUCCUAUGCCCCCCACGUGAGCCACCUGGUCUUGGAUCUGGACUGCCGCCCCCUUUUGUAGGGCACAGGGAGCGGAUUUUCCCAUUGGAGCAACCCUAGAUCACUGUCCUGCCUUUGGGGUCGCCCAGAUGGAACCAGGCUGAGUGUGGCCGGCAGGACUGGAGUUGGUGGCGAGGUGGCAGACUGCAGCAGAAGAAGGGGGAGGCCGCAGCCCCCUGGGGAAGGCAGGAGAUCCAAAGGGGUAUGGGACAAAAGGAACUGAUGGCUGAAAGCAAGUCCUGACACGUUUCGAGGAUGACCUUUUCCUCGAGGGACUGCAAGAUGUAGCAAAGCAAGAACUUAAAAAUGAGUAAAAAUCUAGAAGACCAAGAUAAAAAAUACAUGGACAUCAUGAUGAACUGGACCCCAGCUUGCUAAAAACGAAGCACAAAACCAGCAGGACCAAGUGGUGAAACUAGCAAAAGAAAUAUAGGGAAAAACCAAUGCAGAAAAGAGUAAAAACAGCAACCCACCAACAGGCAAGUGAGUAGGCAAAAUCUUGCUGAGAUUUAUAGCCGUUGCCUGGGCUCCCCUUGGCCCUCUUGACCAGGGACCGCUCCCCUUUCCUGGAAUCCCUCCCUGGUCAGUGUUCCCAUUUUCCCCUCUUGGGGGAGGCCUUGCUGGAGUUGUCCCCCUUCAGCGUCCUCUCCAGAGUUGCUUGGGGGUGGGCCUGCACAGCUUGAGCCCCUCCUGCACAUGUUUGACUACAACUCCCGUCCUGCCUAACUAUUGGCCGCUGGGGAUGUUGGGAGUUGUAGUCCAACAGCUUCUGGAGGGCCAAAGUGGUGCAGCCCUGCUCUGGAGCAAGUGGGUGCGGCCUGUCUCUAGUGAGCCAGUGUGUGCGUGGGAACACAGCCCCGAGGGACUCGGCCGUGCACUGCAUAGCCACUGGCCCAGUCUUCAGCCCUGGUGGGGUCAUGGUGCGGGUGGGGCUUGGGCAGUCAUCCUGGGCAGCAGCAGGGGUGGUUCCAGGGGCAUUCCUCUGUCCCUCGGUGGCCUGUUGGCCUCCUCUUUCCACUUAAUCUAAUCUCCCUGCCUGCUGCAGGACACAAGCCUGGGAGCUGCCCGCCUGGGCGGUUCCUCUGGGCCUGGCUGUCAGGAUUGUGAUCAUUGCUCCGCGACAGAGCCUAGAGCAAAUGGAGGGUGAGUCAUGUUGGCCAGCUCUCCGUUUGUUCUGGAAGCCUCUCCCCACCGCAGUGGAUAGGGAAGGCCGGGUCUUGAAACCAGGGCCAGGUAGCCGCUGCAGCCACCCCAAGGGCCGCCAAAGCCCCAGAAAGAGGCCAGGAGGCCAGGAGGCAGCUGGCUCCGAGGCAGGAAGCGUUUAAUCACAGGGGGAAGGAGGAGGAGGUGGCAGCUUGGAAGUGGGACUCUCUCGCUCUCCAGUCCUGCCGGCUGACCCCACCCGCAUUAUCUCGGGCUGGGCGGUGUGUGUGUAUUCUUGGGGCGGAGCAGCCUUGCCAAUGCUGUGUCCACGCCUUGAGGCCGGCCAGCCUGGCUGAUGCAAGCAAGCAGCUGUGUGAGUCGGUGUCCGAAGCCCCCUUUCCUCGCUGCCCCGCUUCGAUCUUGCUGUGGUGCCUUCUUGGCCGCCCCAGUGCUCUGAGGCUUCGGUAGUUCCCAGUUAGUGUGCUAGAACUGCCCCAAAUCCUGGGCAGAUGGCAGUGGCUUGCAGCCCUCUUCAGCAGCGACCCCAUCUUUGGUGGCUUCGAGUGGUGGGGGCACGGGGGCCUCUACGCUAGCAGCGGUGUUUCUCAGCCGUUGUGUCGCAGGAGACUGGCCCGUGUGUGUGUGCCUGGGCUGGCUUGCUCGGAGCCGGGGCCCCCAGCGGGGUGUUUAUGCUCUGCCCUGUUGGAGCUGACUUGGCCCAGGGUGCCCCAGGAAGGAUGGGUGGGUCCUGAGAUAAAGGGGGCAGUGUGCCAUAGUGUAUAUAUUUUUGUAACUGAGGGGUCUUGGGAUGGAAAAGGUUGGGGAUCUCUGCAUUAUCACCUCCAGCCAUUGUCGCUGAUUCAACAAAUCCAGGAACUAGCAACGAUCUGGUUGUUAAACAGAGUGCAAAAAAGUUUGCUUCCAGCGAUUCUGCCAGCAUCACAACUGGACAACAAGCCUCCUCCACCUCCCACUGUUCAAGACAAUGGAAGGAUGCCAGUGAUGUCAUGCUUUCCUGAAAAUACCCCCACGUGCACACUUCAUGUUCAAAAAAUGUGUGUGUGUGUGUGUCGCUUGUUGAAUAAACUUCUUCCAGUCUUGGGCUGGGGAUUCAGAGGA